AUGGUGGGCAACGAGCCGAUAGGAGUGAAUUUCAAGAAGGUUCCCAAGGAGGAAGUGGCCGCCCUAGAGGCCCAAGGCUGGGAAGUGUACUCUGUCAUGACCAAGAGUGACUGGCGACCUGGUCAGCUGAUCGGACAAAAUGGAUCGGAUCCUGCAACCUUGGCCAAAUCACCCUCCUUUGCGCCGCCCGACCGUCAUAAAGAGGCAACCGAUCGUCGUUCAGCCACAUCGACUGGGCACGUUUUGCUAUAUCAACGACCUGCAGGCGUCUGUGCCGGCUGGGGUGGCUAUGAUGACUACACUCAAUGGCAAUCUUUCGGCCGUCGAAUCCACAAAGACAUGGUAGAAAAGCAGGAGUGGUCGACAGAUCCAAUGAAGCCAGUUCAAUUUGUUGACGAGUCGGGUGAGGUUGCACAAACUAUUACCAUCCCCUUCGAUCGAGAGGACCUGCCUUCUCAACCUCGGAACCUUGCCUCACUGUAUGACAAGCUCAACCCCACAGACAGUCAGAAACCGAGGGCAGCGAAAAGGAAGAAGACUUGGCAGAUCGUCGAAAGCAAAAAGCCUCGGCAACAGCUCUAA